UGAAGAUGGAUGGUCUUCAAAUGCGCGGAAAUUUUUUAACAACUUGCUUUAAUCGAUUGAUGAACAAAAUCCAAAAUUAUUACAGUAACAUUCUCAAAAAAUGGCAACAUGAAGAACCAGAAGGAGAUUAUUUUUGGCAAGCUGACAUUGUAACGGCAGUGGCAGCGAUUCGGUUCGACCCUAAGAGCCAACUUCAGAUAAUUAUCUGCAAGAUAUGGCGCAUGGUUUUAUGGUAUCAGUGUUUGUACAUUUUUCUGAAAGCUCUAGAGAAUAUCAUCAAAGGAGACGAUUUUGGCACUACCGUUUUGGAAUGCAUGUUUUCUUACGAGGCAUUGAUGUGUUUUAUGAAGGAAUGGAUUCUUAUCCACAACUGGAAAAGGAUAACUGAUGCACGGAAAUUUAUCAACGAAAUGUACGGUGUUGUGCGGCAUGAAUCUUAUGAUACCCCUUCCAGAAAGAAAUAUUAUCUUAUGAUUCGAGCAACAGGAAUGGGACUGGCCAUCAUUACAUUUGUUGAAGGGAUAUUCCUUUUGCUCCCCAGCGCAUCGAUGAACGUCAUGUUUGGGCCACCUAAAGUAUUUUGCCGGACGCCAGUUUUGGAGCAUGUUUCCUACUAUUUGUUACGACUGACUAUGUCUCCCAUUUGGACAUGCCGAAUUCUUUGCACUACGGUAGUUGUUGCAUCUAUACUCGUGGGUUUCAAAAAUGAAUUUGAUAUUUUCGCCCAUGGUUUUAAACUCAUCAUAGUCCAAGUGAAAUACGAUACAGAUAAAUACCACAGAACGUCGCGAGAUUCAAACAAUCUUCAGCAUGAUGAAGUAUUCUUCGAGAUAUUGGAGCAAUACGUGUAUCAGUAUAUAAAAUAUCACGUUAAACUACUUAAGCAUCUGCAGCAAUUUAAGCCAUUGGUCGAAAUUUUCUUUCUUGUUCUUUACUAUCAAGCGAUAUUUAUGAUGGCUGCGUACUCAUUUAUAAUCCUGCGAGCAAAGCUUACAAUAGCAUCCAUUAUGAUUUCGACAGCAGUUAUGACUUACUUCAUAAAGUGCUACUUGUGGUGUUAUGUCGUCGAGUCCAUUCAAGCCACGGUCGAAAAUGUUGAGUAUCAAAUUGUGGAUCUGAUCACGAUUAUUCCCCACACGAGAAGGUCUCACUCUCGGUAUGUUAAACUGCGAUCAGCUCUGAUGAUAAUGAAAAUACGAACGCGAACUAGUGCACAGUUUACCUGUGGAAGAAUGUUUGUCAUAUCAAUUGAAUUGUUUGAGAAGUUGCUCAAAACGACAUAUUCGGUGUUUACAUUUCUUCUGAAUGCAGAACAGAAUUGAAAACUAGUGUUAAAUUUUGUCUAUGGCAAUCUAAUCUAUUUUAGUUGUAUUUGGAAAUACCAAAAUUUAUUAAAUGUUUUAGCAGUACUAUUGGACCCGUUUAGCCUCAUCAUCAUUAACUCAAUAAUAUUCACAUCACAAGUACGUUAUUUAUAUUCUAACACCAAGUUUCCAAACAGAAUCUUUAAAAAAUCUGUAGCUUAAAGGUUUUUCAGUAGUUUUUUUAUUGCUAUUAAUUAACUUUUAGUCAACAAUUAAAAAAAACGAACACAAAAACUUUUAAGUGUUUUCACCUUCAAAUCCUUCUCUAAGAAAUAGAUUUAUCUUUUUAUGAAGCAACACCAGCUCAAGACUACAAAUUCGAUUCUGUGGUAGGUUAGUUUCAAGAUAAUAUACACGUUUUUAUCAUUGUUUGACUAAGUAAGGUAUUCAAUAACAUUCAUUGUAACAAAAAAAUAAGUUUGGAUGAUCUAAUCACC